AUGUUAGGGCGGUGGUUCUACAAAAGGCGUGAAGAUGCUUUAAAUCUGCAGACACCAUACAGCAAGGGAGUUGAGUAUAUACUGGCCAUCCGUGAACAUUACGCUCAGUCAAUGGAUGUUCAGCGGAUAGAUGCAACUAGUUUCCAUGUUGCUUCUGGACGUUCGCACUAUGUAGUUGAUCUAGAACAGGGUAAAUGUGAGUGUGGAGUGUUCCAAGUCGAGAAAAUGCCCUGUACACAUGUCCUUGCAGCGCUUGCCUCAGCUGGUGUGCACGUCUCACACCAUACAUGUGACACAUACUCGCAGGAAUGCUUGUAUGCGACCUACGCCCAUCCUAUAUAUCCUGAGGAGGAAAUUGACAACCACAAGAAGAAGAGCGAGCGGUGCCGACCUCCAAAACCGAAGGAUGGGCCUGGUCGUAAGAAGAAAUCAAGAUGGCAGUCGUGGCUGGAAAUUUCUAGGAAGUCUAAGAAGAAAGGCAAGAGUCGAAGGAAGAAGCCCAAAGUUUACAGCUGCUCCAAAUGCAAGCAACCAGGACAUACGCGCCCGUGUCCAAGCCUGCUGAGAAGUAAACUCGGCGGUCUACGAGCGGUCUUCCGGAGGUCUACGAGGCUUUCACGUAGCUUCUCUGGAGGUCUACGAGGCUUUAACGGAAAUUCAGUGGAGGUUUACGAUGCCUACUAG